UCGGUCUUAUUGUUGUGAUUCACCCUGAAGCCGUGAGUUUUAGCGAAAAAAUGUUUUAUUAAAUCUGUUUGAAAAAUCAAUUAAGUAACCAAGAGCAAUAAUAUCUGGGUUGCAUUGUAGAACGGCACAUAGCUAUUCGCAAUGGGCAGCGAAAUGAAAAUAUCCAAAGCCGAACAGUUCAUCCAAAACUUGAACGCCAGCAACGCAAAGAAGCUGGCUUUUCUGAUGGUUCUUGGCUUCACCGUCUAUCACGGCUUAUUGCACCUAAGAUAUGGUAGUGAUUCUUGCAAGUGGCUUCUCAGCGAUGGCAGAUUCAAAGGCGACAAGGAAUGGCAGCCUUUUGGAUGCAUGCUGCACAAAUAUACGGAAACCGACACAAGGAAAUGCUUUCGAUACUUGGCCUUCUGGGGAAACCAAAAUCAUUUCGCUUUUAUUGGCGACGGUCGCGUGAGAUCUCUUUACUUGGAGAUGAUUAAUCAUCUGAAGCCCAGGGAUGCGGACAAUGCUUCCAUCCAGUCGCAAAUCAAAAUGGAAAAUUUGCAGUUUGUCGACUACAAAUUACGACUGCAAAUCAAUUACAUUUAUACCAACGAAAUAUCCAAGACAAUGAUCGACGAGUUCCUCAAGUGGCAGCACGAAGAUGAUCCUCCCAGUCUGAUUGUUGCUAGUUGCACCUAUUCGAAGUUCCACAACGGCAAUGUCACUAAGGAAGUGCAGAAGGCCUUCGAAAAAAAUUUAACCAGAAUGGUAAAACCCAUUGAUAGCUUGGUGGCGAAAAAGUCAAAGGUUAUCUGGAAGUUGCAGGAUCCCAUCGAUCAGGAUCGCCUCAGUGACGAGUGGAAAAAUGUGCAAAAUGAUGAUAUCGAUCGUAUCAACCAGGUCGCGUACAACAUUUUGAGCUAUUCGGAUGCGAAAAUUUGGUCAUCAUCAAAAAUGAUCGCCUCGGGAUUAGUGGAUGAAUUUGUGGAUGGAAACAGGCUUGGCACGUUGGCCCUGAAACACGACAUACAGAUCUUGCUGAACAUGUACUGCAACGAUUACAUGAACUAUAAUGAUGGAACGUGCUGCAGCAGUGCUGAGACGUAUACAAUUAUCCAAGUGGUAACUUAUGCCACACUUGGAGUAUGCUUGGCUAUUGCCGGUGCCAUGCUUGUCCGGCGUUCGUUGCUAAAACUGCGAGGCGUCAACGUUUAUGUCCCACUGAGUCAAACCGCAGGCACGGCAACGUCCCCAGCCUCGGCAGAUUCGCAAUCUCCGAUUAUAGCCCUGGCAUCUCUGGCGAUUAUCAUGGCGUAUUUCUAUCUGUGCGAUCGGACCAACUUCUUCAUGAAGGAAAACAAAUACUACUCGGAGUUUAGCUUUUGGAUCCCGGUAGGAUAUGUGUUUGUAUUGGGCCUGUUCUUCACCGAGGACAGUAAAUUUACCAAAGUUUUGCACCGAGAUCAAACCGAUGAGCUAAAAGGUUGGAUGCAGCUCGUUAUAUUGAUAUAUUACAUGACUGGUGCUUCGCAUGUUCUACCAAUCUACAUGCAUAUAAAAGUUCUAAUCAGUGGGUACUUGUUCUUGUCCGGCUAUGGUCAUUUCACAUAUUUCUGGCAAACGGGAAAUAAUGGUAUCGUGCGCUUCCUACACGUCAUGUUCAAGAUCAACUUUCUGACAGUCAUACUUUGUUUGUGUAUGAACCGACCUUAUCAGUUUUACUUUUUUGUACCAUUACUUUCAUUCUGGUACUGUAUGGUUUACUUUUUGUUAUCAAUACCUCCAAAAAUCACUGCUCAAAGCUCAGAAAAUAACGCGUACCAAUAUCUCUAUGUCGUCUUGAAAUUUGUCUGUAUGUUAAGCGUCAUAACGGUGCUAUACAUGAGCGAAGUGUUCUUUGAACGAAUCUUUGUAACCCGUCCGUGGAAAGCGCUGUUUGUAACAACAGAUGAUGAUAUCCACGAAUGGUGGUACCGCUGGAAGCUUGAUCGUUACACAAUUACCUAUGGGAUGAUCUUUGCUGCCGUCUUUCAUAUUGCGCAGCGAUAUUACUUUUUCGACGACAACAAUCACGGAAACCUGUUCUCAAGACGGAUUUCCUUAACAUCGACCCUGGCAGCCAUUGCUGGAAUAGGAUUCUACACGACGUGGACAUUUUUCUGCCGAAAUAAGCAAGACUGCGAGGAAAUUCACUCGUAUGUGGUAUUCAUUCCGAUCGUUGGCUACAUACUGCUUCGCAACAUUUCUGGAAUUCUUCGAACACGCUAUUCAACGUUCUUCGCGUGGUUCGGACGAAUUUCUUUAGAGCUAUUCAUUUGCCAGUAUCAUAUCUGGUUGGCAGCGGAUCGGAACGGUGUGCUUGUCCUUCUGCCGGGAUUUCCUACUCUGAAUGUGUUGAUCACUUCGUUUAUAUUCGUCUGCGUGUCUCAUGAAAUUCAUCGUCUAACUUCGGUACUAUUGCCCUAUGUAGUUCCUAAUGAUUGGAAAUUAGCUUUGCGUAACAUGCUAAUAUUUGUAGUGGUUCUUAUUCCUAUAGGCCGCUAUGACGGAAUGAUCUAAAGAAAGGCAAGACCGAUAUUGUUUUUUGAAAUAUUAAACUGAAUAUUAGAUUUAACAAAAGCCAACCAAAUGUAUUGAAACUUAAUUAGAUUUAAAUAAAAAUGUGUAUAAGUUACACGAAACAUAGGCGUAUAAUGACAGAUAAUAUCCUAACUAAGACAUUUGAAACUACCAAACUGCCUAUGCUUCAAAUAUAUUCAUUCAACAUUCUA